GAAAACCAACACAUUCCUCCUCCUCCUUCUUCCUCCAAAUUUCAUCAACUUAAAAAACACACACAAUACACCAUUCACUGUGUGUUUUCAUUUUCCUUAACUUAACCACUUUCCAUCAUUCAGAUCUGUCUCACUUUCAUAUUUCUCUAACCAGAUCUUUCCUCUCUCUUUUUUUCAUGAAAAUUUUAUAGCUGAUUUUUUUUUCUUUAUAUAAAAUGGAAAAAUUAGAAAAAAGAUUAGCCAAAGGGGGAGAAAGCACAACAGAUUUGUUUUUAAGAUGGGGAAAUAAAAAAAGGCUUAGAUGUGUUAGAGUUAGACACCCUGAUGAUAAUACUACUGACCCGUCUUUUGCAGUUUCCGGUCGCCGGAGAAUUCGCCGGAAAAUUAAUUCCCAUUUUGUUUCUUUUAGUUCCGAUAAGAAUCAUAAUAAUGAUAUUCAUGAACCUCCUUUUCCACAUCCACCACCACCUACUCGUCUCACAAGGAAUUCUGAGGCAGCAACCACUUUAAGAUCGGAGAGCAGCCGGAAAUCCUCAUCGGAAAGGGGGCAUGCGGCGGCGGGGGUGGUUGAGAAGCCAAAGAUCUCCGCCGUAGACGGCGGCGCCGGAGGGGUAAAUGAAAGCAGUAAUAGUAAAAGUAAACAUGUAUGGCCAAAACUAUACAUAGCAUUAACAAGCAAAGAAAAAGAAGAAGAUUUCAUGGCAAUGAAAGGUUGUAAGCCUUCUCAUAGGCCCAAGAAAAGGCCCAAGAUUAUCCAAAGAACUAUACUUUUAGUAAGUCCAGGGGCAUGGUUGACCGAUAUGUGCCAAGAGAGAUAUGAGGUCAGAGAAAAAAAGAGCACCAAGAAGAGACCAACUGGAUUGAAGGCAAUGGGAAACAUGGAGAGUGAUUCAGAAUGAUGAUUUGUAAACUCUUCAAUUAUGGUUUUUUUGGACUAGUAUUUGUACAUCUAUAUUAAUUAAUAACCGUAAGAAUGAAAUCUAUGAUAUCCAUUGCUUUUUCUUUGUC